UGGGUGACAUCACUGGCUUUUGGCUCAGCGCUCUGUAUUCUCUGUCUCUAGGCUUUAGCCAAGGCUGCAGGGCUCGGUGUUUGAACAAGGAAAGAUUCCCAGGUGUACAGAAGAUUGGAUUCGCUCUUAUUUGGGUUAAAAACGGUAAAAUGAGAUUUCUAAAGCUUGGGGACUCCAGCUCGCCUUCUGUUGUACUUGAUCUCUACAAGAUGGGUGAGUUAUUCCCAUUAGAGAGAAAGGGACUGGAAAUUUAAGGAGAAAAAAAAAAUAUGUCUGAAUAUAUAGCUGCUGAUGCUGGGGAUACGAUUCGUAUGAAGCUGCUGAGCUAAAAAUCUCAGCUCCGACGUGGAGAUCGGGCCAUAUGGCAGAGAAAUGAUGCAGACCGAAAGCUGUUGACAACAGUUAGGGGCUGCUUUCCUCUCCCCGUGUAAGGUGUGUAGCGUUGUGUGCGUGUCCCCCACCCUCCCCGGUUUGUUUUGGUUUGAUUUCCCCCGACCUCCCUCCCCUCCCCAUUCCUUCGCAUCCUUGCAGCCAGCCGUAGCCCUGCCUGCCUGCCUUCAUCUUGCAGAUGGCUAACGUGCCGCCGUGUUAGGAAAACUGUGCACAACACAUCCCAGCGCCGGGGACGAAGGAAGCUUUUCAGAUACCAGCGGAAAGGGGGGAGCGUGUGUGUGUGUGUGUGUGCGUGCGUGCGUGUCUGUGUGUGUGUGUGUGUAGAAAAACGAUGCCGGGGCCGAGGACUGCUUCCAGCGCUGCUUAGCGGGAGGUGCGCGGUCGGCGGCGGGUCCUGCCGGGGCUGCGGCUGCCCCCGCCGCCUCUCCCCGGCCCGGGAGCGGAGAAGCUGCCGCGCUCGCCGGGAGAGCCGAAGCGCUGCUGGGGCGCUCCAGGGAAAGGGAUCGUGGCGUUACGCUGCCUGCUGGAUGACAGCGCAGACGACAAAAGCAGGCGAGUGAAUGGCAAGGCUGGCAGAGAGAAGCCGAGGUGUUUCCGAAGCCAAGGUGUCAGUGACUGUCAGCGAAGUCUGCUAAGGGAGAGACCUGUGCGUGCCUGCGUUUCCAGCUCCAGCCGGGGAGGUUAUAGUCCAGCCAUAGAUUUAAAACAGCAGCAGCAGCAGCAGCAACAACAGAUUGCUCCCCCCCUCUUGCUCCCUCCCCUUCGACCCCGCUUUAAACCCAAGCAAGCGACCGACGGUCCAGACGCUGAUGCUCUUGCUGAGCCACUGACAAAGAAAAGGCAAGUCACUCGUCUCUCAGCCCGGGAUAGCCAGCUGCUUGCGAGCGGGAGAUGUCUAGCUGUUGAACUUUUCUGUCCUGUGAUGAUGCUGUGGUGAGCCUGCUGAUCUGAAAGCCAUCUCUUCUGGAUUUCUGAGCUGGCCAGAUUGAAAGAGAUUAAUGGACUGAUCAAACAGCCGUAGCUUUCAGGUCUCUUCAGGGGGGAUAUAUCGCUUCGGCCCCCAUCGCUCGGGUGCUCGCGGCAAGGGGAGCAAGACAUCAUUGUAUAGGUGGGUCGCUGGCUCGGUCCCGUUCGAGGUGGAAGGCUGCGUUUCUCCUCGCCAGGUCUCCUCCGCAAAGGAGAAGAGGCAGAUGAGACUCCAGGACUGCCUCCAGGGCAGAACUUUGUAGCGCUCUCAGCAUCCCUCCGCAGCGUGGAUGUGAGCCACGGGAGUUAGGGAUGUUUGAGGCGGUCCCUGCCAAGUGACACCUAGCAGCUGCUCCGGAGGUUUUUUGCGUGGUCUCACACUCAAGGGCUUUGCCUGUUGUGAAGAUGUCCAUGGUGUUUCUGUGAAGCUGAGGUAUGGCUGCUGGAAGGUUACUGCUGUAUGCUGGCCUCUCUCUAGCUCUGUGUGCCCUGGGCAUGCUGGCUGUGGCAAUCUGCUCUGACCAUUGGUACGAAACUGAUGCCAGGAAGCACAGAGAGAGGUGCAAGAGCAUCACCACUAAGAGAAAUGAUCCUGGCUUCAUUUAUAACUCCAACAACAACCUGCCUCUCAGGGCCAGCAGGUCUAGGUUGGACCGCUGGGAAGGGAAGCUCCUCUUGGCAAGAAACAGGAGGCAGAUCUUUGCUAUGAGUGCAGUCGACGAGUGCAACAGACAGUACAACUCAACCAACAUGGGGCUCUGGAGGAAAUGCCACCGACAAGGAUUCGACCAAGAGCUGGAGGAGCUGAUUGCCAAAGGAGCAAUUGAGCGGUGCACGUACAUCAAGUACCACUACUCCUCAGCGACCAUUCCCAAGAACCUCACCUACAACAUCACCAAGACAAUCCGCCAGGAUGAGUGGCAUGCCUUGCAUUUGCGCAGGAUGACAGCUGGCUUCAUGGGCAUGGCUGUGGCCAUCAUACUCUUUGGAUGGAUUAUCGGGGUGCUGGGGUGCUGUUGGGAUCGAGGCCUUAUGCAGUAUGUGGCAGGGCUUCUCUUCCUCAUGGGAGGAACCUUCUGCAUCAUUUCACUGUGCACGUGCGUGGCUGGAAUCAACUUUGAGCUCUCCCGCUAUCCCCGCUACCUGUAUGGACUUCCCGACGACAUCAGCCAUGGCUAUGGCUGGUCCAUGUUCUGUGCGUGGGGGGGCCUGGGCCUCACUCUUAUCUCUGGCUUCUUCUGCACUCUGGCCCCUUCUGUCCAACCUGUCCCCAGGACCAACUGCCCCAAAUCUAGACCUGAGAAUGGGACAGUGUGCUAAAACAAAUAGCAAACAAAUACACACACACACACACAUAUAUAUGUCUAUGUAUACCUAUACAUGCAUAUAUAUGUAUAUAUAAUUAUAUAUAUAUAUAAAAUCUCAAAUUAAUGCCAGUGCCAAGGUAGAGCUGAGUCCAACACGGCACUCACAUCUCCACCGGACUCUGUGUUGCUUCGUUCUUUCUCACAGCGAUGGGAAAGCUUUUCCCCUCACAUGGCUCUUCCAUCCAAGUCUUAACUUCAGCAUCAUACCUUAGAGGUCGAAUGAACAUACAGUUGCACCUACCUACUGCCAUUUGGGAAGGGGAACAGGGGGUCUGUGUGGGGGAUCUGGA